AUGGAUUCUGCAUCGUCCAAAACCAAAGCUUUAGCCCUUCCUCUUCACAUCUUAGGCUUCGAGCUCGAUGAAUUAUCUACAACACGUGUCACAGGUCAUCUCCCCGUUUCUCAAAUGUGCUGUCAGCCUUUCAAGGUGUUACACGGUGGUGUAUCUGCUUUGAUCGCAGAGUCAUUAGCAAGUAUAGGAGCUUACAUGGCUACUGAUCUCAAAAGGAUCGCUGGAAUUCAACUCUCGAUCAACCAUUUAAAGAGUGCUGAUCUUGGAGACACUGUAUUCGCUGAAGCAUCUCCUGUAAGCUCAGGCAAAACAGUUCAGGUUUGGGAAGUCAAUCUUUGGAAGUCAAGCAAAAAUUCGGAUCAUAACAACAAAACCUUAAUAUCUUCCUCUAGAGUCACACUCCUCUGUAAUCUUCCUACCCCUGGUCACGCUAAAAAUGCAUCGGACCCACUCAAAAUAAUAUCCAAACUCUAG